GGCCUGGCAGUCGCUUUAUUCUUGAUCCGUGCUUCCGAACGCAAACGCGCGCCGGCUCGCUCGCUCUGCAAGAAAGAGAUGUUGAUAUAUCCAUCUCUUCUUUCUCCCGCAUUUUGCCAAUAAUUUUAUUUCAUUCAGUCAGUCAACUUCCGACGUCUGAACAUCGCGGUUGUGCGCCAAGUUCUCAGUGGAAAUAAUCCCAAUUUAAAUACUUUGAUUCUUUAAAACUACAAAUAACAAGAAAUAGCCAUGGCUGAAACUGAAAUAAUAUCUAAUAGUGGAAAUAAUGAGCAGUUUUUCGAGGGUGUCGAAAAGCUCAUAGAAAUUUGGUUUACACCGGCAAAAAAUGCGGAUUUGAGAAAAAUCACUCGUCAACAAUGGGACAAUGUUCUUAAGAUAGUCCGUUGCGAGAUCAUCUCAUUCACCCAGAGCGAGCAAGUCGACGCUUACGUACUCAGCGAGAGCAGCAUGUUCGUGUCCCGUCGCCGCUGGAUCCUGAAGACGUGCGGCACGACGACCCCGCUGCGCUGCGUGCGCGCCGUGCUGGGGCUCGCGCGCGACGUGGCCGGCCACGCGCGCGUGCACAACGUGUUCUACUCGCGCCGGGAGUUCGCACGCCCAGCCGCACAGCUGCAGCCGCAUGAUAACUUCGAUUCUGAAGUAAAACUUCUGGACUCGUACUUCGGCGACGGGCGCGCCUACAUCAUGGGCCCCGAGAAGGAUUGCUGGUAUCUCUACACACUGCUGCCACUUGAAGGCACUGUGGAUGCCCUUGAGAAGGAGCACAGCGACGCCAGCGAGGGCCGCGGUCUGACCGAGCCCGACCAGACCAUAGAGAUCCUCAUGUCGGACCUGGACCCCGCCGUCAUGGACAUCUUCACCAGGCAGUACUCCGCGGACGCGGCACAGGCUACCAAGGAAUCUGGUAUAGACAAGAUAAUUCCAGGGAUGGUCAUAGACGAUUUCCUGUUUGAUCCGUGCGGAUAUUCCAUGAAUGGAGUCGCUAAAGAUGGCUGUUACAUGACCAUCCACAUAACUCCGGAGCGGUCGUGCUCGUACGUGUCGUUCGAGUCCAACGUGCCGGUCUCCAGCUACAACGAGGUGAUCGCGCGCGUGCUGCAGGCCUUCCGACCUGCCAAGUUCGUGCUCACCGUGUUCGCCACGCCGGACUCCCCGGGCGCGUCUGCGGCGCGGCAGCUGAAGAAGUUCCCAGCGCUGGGCGAGUACUCCCCGCUGGAGUCGCAGCACUGCCGCUUCUCGGGCUACGAGCUGCAGUACGGGCUGUACUGCAAGUUCCCGAGCUGAGGGCCGGCGCCGGGCCGGGCCACGCUGCUGCGCCGCGCCGCGCGCCUGCUGUGCUGCGAGCCGCCGCGCUAGGCCCCGCCAGGCCCCGCCCGGCCCCGCGCGGCCCCGCCAGGCCCCGCCCGGCCCGCACGCCCAGCCCGACACUCACUCAACAUUUCGACUUCACAUUCGAAUUUUAUUUCAACAUUGUAAACGUAGACCCUGAAUAGAAACUAAGAAAGAUGUCAUAUUUAUUGUACAUAAGUCUAAGGAUUACAAAGAAAGUUGUGAUGUAUCUUAUAAAUAAAUGAUUAUACAAUUAUAAAAGUUUAUUGACAUGUUUCUGUAUUUGACCUCUUCGUUUCGUACCUUUUUGACCCAAAUUUCUUCGUUAAUGAAAAUAGUUUGUAGAUCAAAAUUACAGAUAUUUGUAAUAAGGAUUACUGAAUAAAGACACCUUAAAGAGAAAUGAGGUAUUAAUGUAACUAAGCAUUGGAAUUUAAAUAAAGCCAUUUUGAAUGGA